CUUGCACCCUAAUCCAUACAAUUGCCGUUACAAUAACUAGAUUUACCAGAAUUUGGAAACUCUUAGCCUUAUAAACUCUGAAGGACCUCGCACCUCAACCAUGGCUGCAUUUCUUCGUGCUAAGCUGAGUUCAUUUGCAGCUUCUCACUCCACGAUUAACGCAUUACUUUCUCAGAGUCAGCGCUUCACCCUUAACGCCGGUGGAUUCUGUAGAGGUCUGGCCUCUAAAUCUUCGCAGCAAACCGCUACCAAAUCUCCAUUCAAUUCAAACUUACUUAGAAUCCUCCAUAAUGAAAUCGAUUACCUCUGCGCUUACGCCCCUUCCCAACCGAUUGCUGCAACUUUCAAUGAUUUUACAGUUGAAGACCACCCAGCUGAGCAGUGGGUUACCUUAAAGAGGAAGUUUCAAGAUGAUGAAGACAUCAAAAUUGAAGCAACAAUGUUUGAUGGUUCGGUUCCUAUUGCCCCCAAAUCUGGAGAUGAAAGUAAUGAAGAUGUGCGGCUUCACAUUAGCUUGCUAGUGGACAUAUGGAAGAAGGGUGGGUGUGAUUCAUUGGAGUUUGUGUGCUCAGCCUGGCCAGAUUCUUUGGAAGUUCAGAGUGUCUAUAUUUUCAAGCGAGAAGGAUUGCAACUGUCACAGCCAUAUAUGGGACCCAACGUUAAAAUGUUAUUUGCCGGUUGUGGCGUUAAGAACAGCUACUGCAGAGUUGUCCACUGUGUCGUCUUCAUCUUCAAUAGCAAACAACGGAUCAAGAAUGUGAUCAAUCACGUCAUAAGCUUGAGCAGUGGUUUUGAACAACGCAACCCAAGAAGUAUAAUGAUCGGUUUCAAGAUCUAGAGUUAUGGAAGAAAAAAAUGCAGGAAUUUGAAUAAUAAGCUGCAGGAUGGAGUGUAUGAAUUCUUGGAGAGAAGGGGAAUAGAUGGUGAACUUUCUGCGUUCUUGCACAAUUAUAUGAUGAACAAAGAUAAAACCGAACUUAUUCGGUGGCUGAGAAGAAUCAAGUCUUUUAUAGAUGAAUGAUUAUGAAAGCAACUUAUUUACCUACUGGAUUUGUUAUGUACAGAGUAUGUCUGAUGAACUGAUACAAUUGUGUUAAAUCUGAAUCACUAUUGUCUGUUGCUUUUUUGUUUUUUCAUUGGCUUAGAGUUUAACCUGUCAAUGGAUUGGUCGAGAAUUGGGACCCACUUCCGACCCACAACCAUCAUAUAUUAUGGUUGGAACACACAGUAUCGUACUGAGCCUUCUCAUGCAUGUGUAUGUGAGUGAGAGAGCUCUUUUAUUUUCGAAAAAUGAGUUUAGUGUUUUAUUUUGUAAAAGAGAUUAGGAUUUUGACUUCAAUAUUACUAAAAGGUGGAUAAAGGUCAGAAAAGUUGUUGUUUUUUCAAAAA